GGGGCGCGGCUCCGGCGGCUGCUCGGCCAUGCGGACGGGCUGAGCCUGUCCCGGGCAAGGAUGGCCUCCAAUUUCAACGACAUCGUCAAGCAGGGCUACGUGCGCAUCCGGAGCCGGCGGCUGGGGAUUUACCAGAGGUGCUGGCUGGUGUUCAAAAAAGCUUCCAGCAAAGGGCCCAAGAGGCUGGAGAAGUUCUCUGAUGAACGAGCUGCUUACUUCAGGUGCUACCACAAGGUCACAGAGCUCAAUAAUGUCAAGAAUAUCACCCGGCUGCCAAAAAGCACCAAGAAACACGCGCUGGGGAUUUAUUUCACUGAUGACACCUCCAAAACCUUCGCUUGUGAGUCAGAGCUGGAGGCAGAUGAGUGGUGCAAAGUGCUGCAGAUGGAGUGCCUGGGAACACGGGUUCAGGACAUCAGCCUUGGGGAGCCCGACCUGUUGGCAUCGGGAGUAGAGAGGGAGCAGAGCGAGAGAUUCAAUGUGUAUUUGAUGCCAUCCCCUAAUUUAGAUGUGCAUGGGGAAUGUACCUUGCAGAUAACAUUUGAGAAUAUCUGUCUUUGGGACAUCCAGAAUCCCAGAGUCAAACUCGUCUCUUGGCCUCUAAGUGCCCUGCGGCGCUACGGGCGGGACCCAGCCUGGUUCACCUUCGAGGCGGGCAGGAUGUGUGACACUGGGGAAGGGCUGUUCAUCUUCCAGACCAGAGAUGGGGAAGCAAUCUAUCAGAAGGUUCACUCUGCUGCCCUGGCCAUAGCGGAGCAGCACGAGCGUCUGCUGCAGAGCGUGAAGAACUCCAUGCUGCAGCUGAAGAUGAGCGAGCGGGCGGCGUCUCUGGGCACCGUGGUGCCCCUGCCCCGCAGCGCCUACUGGCACCACAUCACCCGGCAGCACAGCACGGGGCAGCUGCUCGGCCUGCCAGAUGUUUCCAGCCCGGUGAAGCUCCAUCGCACGGACACUUUUCCAACCUACAGAUCAGAGCAUCGAUAAAAACCUGGAAAGAGCUUUACAAACUCUUUGUGCUCUGASCAGCAGCCCCAGUGGAUGACAGUGGUGACGAUGAGUGAGGAUAGAAAUGCAGAGAAGUUCAGCUUGGACAAAAACUUCUUACAAUACGAAGGAUUUUUUUAAACUUUGCCAAAAGCAGAAACUCUUCUACAAAUACCAGGGAGAGGAACCAAACCACCAAACCCUCGGGGUGUUUCUUUUAUAUUUUCCAUCUGGACAGAGCAGGAACCACUCCCUAAACACUUCCCAAUGAUUUUGUAUGAUAGGUGUGUUGUAAAGACUCCUCUGUAGUGCAGUUUACAUUUUCUGUGCACCCCUGUGAAAAUGCUUUUCUUCAGUUUUUCCCAUUAUCGUUACCCUGUUCCUGACCUCGGGAAUGGUGGCCAGUUUGAAGCAGCUCAUGGAUAUAUUUUUUCCUGUUUGAAGACUUGAUUGAUUUCUU